AUGGGAGAGGCGACCCCCGCUCAGUCCGCUUCGGGGCCAUUCGUACCCAUGCUGGGUGUCGGUUUAGGAAGCAUGCCCGGCGGGGUCGCCAACGGGCCGGUGGUGGCCACAUCCAGAGGGUCGGCGGUGCCACAGCUGCACAACGCCAUCGUGGAGCGUCUGCGCGCCCGCAUCGAGCUGUGCAGGCGGCACCACUCCACCUGCGAGAACCGCUACCAGAGGGGUCAGGCCGAGAGCUCCGACCGGGAGCAUGAGAGCACGCUUCACCUGCUCAACAUAGUCCACCAGGGGCCCGGGAACCGCAAGACGAAGGGCGGCCGGGGGUCGAACCAGCAACCUCCGGAGUACAGCAGGUCCAACGGGGAGCAGAAAGGUACCGAGGGCGAGCAGAAGAUCUCUACGCGCAUAGCGCUCCAAGGAUCUUUGCGACGAAAGCUCGAGGGACAUGCACCAGGACAUAUACCAAAGCAGAAUGGGUUAUCCUGCGGUUUCUCAGGAUCGGACUUUAAGAGGGUCCGUGUGGACACUGGCGCUCUGGGACAUGGGCCUUGCAACCAUAACUUGACCCAGUCUCACUCUCUCCAUGGGUCAUCAGCCAUGGGCAUGCAGAGGAAAAAUUACAUGAUGCCUCAUGGAGUGGGGUCCGACAUCUUCAACAUGACCCUGAAGGAAAUGAAAAAAGAGCCCAUCGAGGUCCCGUCGUGUGGCCAAUCAAACACAGAGAUGAUUUUUGACUUCAAGGAUGAAUGUGGCAGUCAGAUUGACCCAGAUCUCCAGGAUCUGUUUGAUGAGCUGACAAAGACAGUGUCCCCGCUGAAUGACCUGGAGUUCGAGAAGAUGCUGAAACAGGAUGAUACAUUCGGUUUGGAUCUAGGUCGGCCAAGCUCAGCAGGCGCAGCUGCCAGUCUGUGUUCCCCGAUGGACAAGCCGAUCAAGACGGAGCACUCCCCAGAUUAUGGCCAGGUUCACGCUGGCUCGCCACAGCUUCGCCCGGCCUCAGCAGGGCCCUCGUUCACACUGACCAGCACCUCUUCCACCACCACUACACAGAAACCCAACACUCAGGCAGGACACCCCAGAGCCAUGCCCUGCUGGCCAGAAAUAUCCCACGCAGAGCAGCUGAAGCAGAUGGCGGCAAACCAGCAGCAGCCGAGCUCUUUGCUCCAUCACCACCACCAACCACCACCUGUGGGAUUGACCAGCUGGGCUCCUGCCAUGAGCAGCCACUCUUCCACCAGCACCUUCCCCCAGGACAAGGUCUCCGGCCCAGCCCAGGUUAACCAGCAGAGGAUCGGAGCCCAGAGCAAAGGGAUCAACAACUGCCUCUUCAAGUCAAACGGCCACAGUGGCUCCCAUCACUUGGACAUGAAGAUUCUUAGCACCAAGCCCACACUGCACUUCAGCCCCAAAGCUCCGCAUUCUGCCGGGGGUCAGCCGAUGUCUAUCAUGGCAAGCUCAGUGAACAAGGCCUCAGCCCAACAGCAGCAGUCGCCUUCGACGUGCCAGAACCAGCCUCAUUCAACGCUCCACUUCCAGAACCAACAGAUCUCCACGUCAGGGGCCCUUUGUCUGCAACCCAAGACUGUUCCUGCCGGGCUGCCGUUCAAGCUGACACAACAGCGACAGGGCGUUCCUCCUGGUCCAAGGCUGCCCAUCAAUGGGAGCUUAGGAGUCAUGUCAGCCCAGUCGCAGCCACGAGCCCCGGUGCCCAACAACCUGCAGAAAGGCCCGACCAAAACUCCAGCCAUGCUGAGACAGCUUAACCAACAACAGCACACUAUCAGCAAUCCAGACAAAGACAACGCACAUGAUCAGUUCAGCCGUCACCUCACGAGACCACCCCCAGAUUACAAACAGUCCAGAAGUAUGGUGGGACUCAAGCAAGGAAAUAUCUUCACAGGUCAGAACUCCUCCACGUCUUCCAGCAGUGGCCCCGAGAACGACCUGCAGUCCAUGUCUUGUCACCUCCCAAGUGGGUCUGGCUCGAAGAUGAGUCCUUCACCAUCGGAGCGCAGAUUUGGCAUCGGCACCGACUGUCAUCCGACUCCUUGUAUCAGCCAGUUCCAGCCACACAACAACCAGAAUCCGAUUGGACUAAAUCAGAAUAAACCGAGGUUCCUCGGACCAAACCAAGCAGGUUCCUUUGGGAUGAACAGUGCAGCAGGUGUCCAACAUCCCAGAACGACAGCUGACCUGCAUUCCUCAGGGGUCCCGGGGCAGGGUCUCGGAGGCUUGAUGACAAAUGUCAACAUGGGGUGGGGCUCAGCCAACAAGCAAUUGACAACUGGACUUGGCAUUAGGCGUCUACCCAACCAGCUGCAGUCGCCGGGCGCGCAGCUGGACAUGUCGAACCAUCCUUACCAACAGAGGCACAUCGGACCGCCGAACCAGGUCGCACCGGAUAUAGGGAUGCUCCCUCUUAACCCCUCGAUAAGAGACACAGGCCCGAGGCCGAGCCAGCCGAUCAUGGGCUCCCCAUCGACAGUGGGGAACCUGAACCAGGCCUCUCCUGAACAGAGGGUGCCGGCGGGGAACUUCGCCGAGCCCACCCCUAGCUCCACCAGCUACCACCAGAACAACAGGGCCAACCGCCUGACCUUUGACUUCCUGCCAGAGGGAGACAACACCGUCCCCGGCAUCAACACAGACUCAGACUUUAUUGACUCUUUGCUCAAGUCUGGCUCUGGGAACGACGACUGGAUGAAAGACAUAAAUUUGGAUGAGAUUCUUGGCAGCCACUAGUGAAUUUUCGUUCACAAAAAAAAUAAAGAAAAAGAAACAAAGACCCAAAGCCUAAACCCACAAAACUGUAUGUAAGGUGGAAGGAGAAACAUUUGUAAAUAAUGAUAAAAAUGGGAUUUUAUAAACUCACAAUAUUUGUUAUCCAAGUAAUACUGUAUUGUUUUAUAUUGUAUUUACUGUGAAAUCUGUUUUCUGUCUUUAGCAUAUUUCGAUUCCUGGUAUUUUGUCCAAGAAACUGCUUCUGUUUGCGGUCACUGUUGUUAUGGUCGGUCAUAUUCAAGCUGUAGUGCUGUCCUGUAGGAUGAGAUACCAAAUUCACACUGUGAAAAGAAAACAUUGCUGUGUUGCUUUCAGGUUCAUCUCCAAGUUUAAUGUCUCCACCCACUAUAGCAUGAUAUGGUAUUUACCUUCAGACGUUUUGCUGCCACACAAACACACAAAUGUUUUUAUUUUUUUCUUACGUACUGUUCAAGCUUUUUUGAUCUGUGGUAGUUUUUGAUGCAGUUUAAAUAAUGUAACCAUUCUUUUUUUUUCAUGUGAUAUUUAAUAAUUAUUGGGAUAGUAUUAA